AUGGCGAUAGCUUCUGCGAUACGACUAGCAAGUACUGCUUGCUGUGUGGCAGUCCUGGCCGGAAGUUGGACCUGGCUGGCAACGCUUCCGACGAAUGUGUUGUUUGGGCUGAUGACCAGCAUUGCGACAUUGAUUGCGCUGAGCUUUAUCCCGGACAAUCAGGUCCAGAAGCAGUCGGAGCUGCAUCGAUACCCAGCCACUGAUUCGAACCUCCCUUUACCAGAGUCCAACAUCAGAGAUUCUUACCCAAAGUACAACGAGAAAGACCCAGUGAAAUCCUUCGUGUCGAUCUGUGAAUGUCUGAUUCGUGAGUGCACAGAGUCUCUACCGUCGACGCACGAGCUGCCACAGAUGGAGCAAAAAUGGAUAGUCGAUAUGCUGGAGUACAACGUCAAGGGCGGCAAAAUGAACCGAGGUUUGAUGGUUGUGGAGAGCGGCAAGGUGAUCAUGAAGUCCCAGGGCAGAGAGGUCACGGACGACGAUCUGAAAAAGCUCGCAGUCCUCGGCUGGUGCAUUGAAUGGCUGCAGGCAUGGCUCCUGGUCGCAGAUGACUUCAUGGACAGCUCCGAGACCCGCCGCGGGCAGGUCUGCUGGUACAAAAAGGAUGGUGUCGACGAGAUUGCUAUCAACGAUGCUUUCCUUCUGGAGAUGCUGGUCUACAGAGUGUUGAAGCGACACUUCUGGAUGGAGCCGUACUACAUCGAUUUGGUGGACCUCUUUAUGGAGACAACCUUCCAGACUGAGUGCGGCCAGCUUCUCGACCUUCAGUGCAAAAACCUAGGGCUUGCGGACUUCACCUACAAGCGUUGGGAGCUGAUAGUUAAAUACAAGACUGCGUUCUACUCCUUCUACUUGCCGGUGGCCCUCGGCAUGACAGUAGCUGGCAUCAAGAAUCAGGCAGCCUACGAUGCAGCCAGGGAGCCCUUGCUGCUGAUGGGCGUCUACUUCCAGGCACAGGAUGACUACUUAGAUGCCUUUGCCCCCCCUGAGACCCUCGGCAAGAUUGGCACCGACAUCCAGGACAAGAAGUGUGGCUGGCUUUUCGUGCAGGCAUACCACGAGCUCUGCACAUCUGAGCAGAAGGCCUACCUGGAUGAGCACUACGGGAAGUGUAAGGUUCAAACAGAGGAGGAGAACAAAAUCAAGGCCAUCUAUAGAGAUAUCGGCCUGGAAGAGAAGUACAAGAACUACGAGGCACAGUCUUUCAAAGACAUCAUGGCCUUUCAGACACAGGUGGAAGAAGUAGGUCUGCCUUGGGAGAUCAUUGAGAUCUUCUUGAAGAAAGUCUACAAACGCACCAAGUGA